GAAUGUAGCCGCUGUUGCCUUUUUGGGGGGGAUCGCGGAGGGAGGUCCUCGGACAGGGACAGGGGCCGCGAGCGUCCCAGUGCCCUCCCCUGCUCCCCAGUGCCAGCUUCACAGGCGGCCUGACGGCUCCCUUCCAGCGGUGCCUGAUCCAGACGUUAGAGCAGAACCUUGCGGUCGGCUGCAUUUAAUCACCACCGAUUACCUAUGCCGCGUUCCCUUUAAGUGAGAAGACUUGGGCCUAAGGCUGAAGAAAUUGGACUGUGAUUGGCUAGUCCGUGCCUCAGGUCAGAGGCACAAUUGGCUGAGACUCUGUACAAUCAACUAAGGCUGUACAACUGGCUAAGGCGGUACAAUUGGCCUCGGGCAGCAUCCCCCCACGCGAUUGGUCGAGGCUCUCACAGAGCCCGCCUCCCGCACGGGACAGAGCCCCUGAUCGGGUUGGGUAAGGGGCGGUAGGACCCAGAGACCCGGCGCUCCCGGGAACAUGGCUGAGGUGGACCUCGCUCAGAUUCCUGAUGUGGACAUCGACUCGGAGGGCGUCUUCAAGUACGUGCUGAUUCGAGUCCACGCGAGGCCGCCCUCCGGGGCUGAGGCCGGGGAAUGCAAGGAGAUCGUGCGCGGCUACAAGUGGGCCGAGUACCACGGAGACUUCCCAGGCGACCAGGACUCGUCUGAGGCCACUCUGUCUACCCCAGCUGAUAUCUAUGAUAAAGUGUCUGGCGAACUGCAGAAGAAGGGUUAUGACUGUGAGUGCCUGGGCGGCGGGCGCAUCUCCCACCAGAGCCAGGACAGAAAGAUCCACGUUUACGGCUACUCCAUGGGCUACGGUCGUGCCCAGCACUCCAUCUCGACUGAGAAGAUCAAAGCUAAGUAUCCUGACUAUGAGGUCACCUGGGCUGACGAUGGCUACUGAGACACUGUCAACAGCCAAUUGAGAACU